AUGCUGGAACUCUGGUUCAGAAGUAACUUGGUCACCAAUAUCCUUCCCUGCAGCAUCUGGAAUCUCUUGAAGCUCUCCUAUACAAAUGCUAGAUUACAGCACAAGAACAGCUUGAAGUACCAUUGCGCACAUUAUGAAUCUUUCCAUCUUUUCUCUCUUUUAGUGUGUGUUACAUUCCUGGGAAGAUUCUACCAAAGUCUAAAGGACAAGGAUGUUGAGUUCACACCAGCUAAUGUUGAAAAAGAACUCUUGAAAUCCUGCAAAGAAGCAAAAGGCAAAGAGAACCGACUGUGCUAUUAUCUUGGGGCCACCAGUGAUGCAGCCACCAAAAUGGUUAAUGAGGUAUCAAAACCUCUGAGUCACCACAUCCCUGUGGAGAAGAUCUGUGAGAAACUGAAGAAGAAAGACAGCCAGAUCUGUGAGCUAAAAUAUGACAAGCAGAUUGACCUGAGCACUGUGGACCUGAAGAAACUGAGAGUGAAGGAGCUGAAGAAGAUCCUGGAUGACUGGGGGGAAACGUGCAAGGGCUGUGCAGAGAAGUCAGACUAUAUUCGCAAAAUCAAUGAACUGAUGCCUAAGUACGCACCGAAGGCCGCCAGCUCCCGGACGGAUCUCUGACC